UUAAGUGAAACCGUGCAUAUGCCAGUGUAGUAAGAGCAAACAAAUUUUUUUAUUCGUUUUGCUUGUUUCACCAGUGCGCAUCGAAUAUACUUCGUUGUUUUUCUCAUAUCUGAAGAAUAAAAGAUAAAUAUAAAGAUAUAUAGAUAGAUAUAUAGAUAUAUAUAUAUAUACAGGUUAUAAUACAGCGUUUUGCUAAUUAAGGUCGCUUGCAAUGAAAACAACUACAAUGCUUGUUCGGUUUUAAAUUGCAAAGAAUAUAACUAUCGACAAACAGAGAUAAAUUUCAGCGCUCAGCGUCCAAAUUGAGUUCGCCGUACAGGAAACGACCAAAGUUCGUGAGCCAUCUUUGGUAAAAACCAGAUAUCACACACAUUGGUGUUGAUCAGUGAGUGCAAUUGAACUCUCUUACAAGUUGGUCAAAUAAAAUUUGUGUGAUAUUGUGCAUGAAAUAGAAGGAGAAACUUUGUGCUUAAGCAAAAACAAAAACGGAAAUCAAAGAAGAAAAAAAAAACAAGAAUAAAAUGCAAUUCAUAAAAUGUGUGUUCGUUUUGUGUCUUUUAAUUCAAAUGAUAAAUAAUGUAUUGAGUGUGUACCACGAUGAUUCAUCAACUGAUUUUGAUGUUGACGAUGAUGAUCUACCAUCGAUGAUGCAUCAUUAUCAUAGCGAACCAGAUAUUCGUGGCUUUGAAAGAAUGAUGCUUAAAGAUAUGGCCGAAGAUGAGCCGGAAUUUUUCAACGAAAAAGAAAAACACAUUCGUGAUGCUCUUGUUCGAUCAACACAUGAUGUACGCAGUCAACGAACAUUAUCGGAAAUGUUGCCGAUUUUAAGAUCAUUAUCAAAAGAACAACGAUUAACAUUAGCUGCACUGAUUGCCACACAGACAAAUCCAAAGUCUGGCAAAUCAUUGGAUUUGAAGCAAGUUGAGGAGAUGUUUGGAGAGCAGAGAAAUUCCAUUUUGCCAAUUGUUUAUAAUAUAGCGAAUGUUGUGAAAAAGAAUAUGCUUGAACAAUCGAUUGAAAAUGAAUUCAACGAUGAAAAAACGGAAAAUGAAUAUCGGUCAUCGUCUGAACUACAUCGAUGGAAACGAUCCACAAAAUAUGAAGACGAUCAACCAUCGUAUCACGAACGGAAAUUGAAUAUGACCAAUUUUCGAGGAACACCAGAGUCAAACGAUCAACAUGCCAUUGAAUCGGAAACGAGAAUUCAUGUGAGUUUGCCGAAUUCAAACAUUUCGACAAUCAUGUCAUUGGAAGAAGUAGAGCAUUUGGCAUUCAAAGAUUUAAACGGAACAACACCGAUUAGCAACGACAAUGAUACUAAUAUAGAAAGUCUUCCGGAACCUGAAAUGCUUAUACGACCAUAUCGCGUACGUCCACGUCCAAUUAGCGAACGUUUUGAUAACAUUUAUUUGUAUGUCGUUGACUAUCCAAUACAUCAAAUAAUGGGAAGUAUAAGAAGACAUCGAUAUGCAAUGACCGCUCUGCUGGCGGAUAACCCAACUGAUUGGCGAAAUCGUAUGCAAGAGCUGGAAAAUAAAAAGCGACGUGAAGAUGAAGAAAAUAAUGUACCAUCAAGUGGAAUGUGUCCGUCAAUUGUUCGAUAUGCCAGACCGCAGAAAGCCCGAUCGGCAUCGGGUGAAUGGAAGUACAUUGUAAAUACAGGACAACACACCCAGACUCUUCGUUUGGAAAAGUGCACCCAUCCCGAGCAUUCAUGCACAUAUUUGACCGAUAAUUUUAGUUCAAGAUGUGCUCAAAUUUACAAUUACCAUCGACUACUCAGUUGGGAUAAUAAGCGUGGACUACAUAUCGAUAUAUUCAAGGUUCCAACAUGUUGUUCAUGCCAAAUUGAUGGAUACAGAGAAAAAUUUCCGCCGAUAAGUCCACAUGCAGGCGAUGAUCAAGAUUUGUUUGAGACACGAUUUUCUGCGUCCGAUGCCUUGUACUCAUUGGCCAACAAUGAUUAUAACGAUAAUGAAGGUGAUGCCGAAGAAUCGCCCAGUGAACCAAAUGGUGCUGUAUUUCGGCCAAUAAUUACAAAGAAACAACGUUUUGAAAAAAGAAAAAAAUUAAAACGUCCAACAAGCAGUCUGCCUGACACAUUUCUUACACCGCCCAGCCCAAAGUAUGAGCACGAUGUACAAUUUAAGCGCAAACAAUCGUCAAUUCCAAUCGCAAAUCGUGCAUCGGAUACGUCAAGUCAAACGCCGGUAUUGAUUGGAAGUGAUGAUGGAACCGACACUGAACGUCCCAGUAAAAAUGGAUUCACGCCAAUCAGUGUGCCCGUAAAAAAUGCACAAAUACCACGAUUGACACCAUCCAAAGUUUUAAUAAAACGGGUUAAUUAUAACUAUCAUCCAAUAAUUGAUUUCUUCUUCCGCGAUCGAGCUGUCAAGGCAGCAAAAGCCAAGGAGAAUAGGGCUGGCCAUAGCAUUGUGUCAUAACCGAAAUGAAGUUUCCAAACAGUAUAUGUUGUCAAUUAUUUUUUUUCUUUUUUUCGCUAAAUAGUAAUCAAAAAUAGAAUAGUCAAGGUAAAAAAAAAAAACAAAACACUUGGACGAUCAGUAUGUUUGAUACAUUUCUGAAACAAAACGAAAAAUCAGGAACAAUUAUGAAAUAAAUUUUUUCUAAAGAUACCUUCAAUUAUAGUCAAUUUUCGCGAAAAUGAAAAUAAAUAUUCGUAUUUUUCCAUUUUUGCCAAAAGCGAAAAUCAAAAGGAGAAUUUCAAAAGCGAAAAUCACAAAAAUAUUGCGAUGGCCCAGUAAUCAUUUGUUUAUUUUUAUUUUAUAUUUACAAGUUAUUUAUUUAUUUAUUUCUAAACUUAUUUAUUCAUUUAUUUAUUUAUUUGUCGUUAGAAUAGAUCCAAUCUCUCACUUAUAGCAUAUCGUUUCCAUGAAAAUCACAAAAAUGAUUUUUUUUUGUUGAAAUGAUGUUAAACAUGAGUAAAAUAUUUUGAUAUUCUAUUUAAAAACAAAAGAACCUUCGUCAGCAGCCCAUUGGAAAUGGUAUUUGAAAAUUUACAAAAGAUGAGGAGAUCAGAAAAAAUAUAGACAGUGGAUGAACGAAAAAACAUGCAAAAUUUCCUUGAGUAUUUGCAAUAAUUUUUGUUUUGUUAAUUCACAUUACAUUUCCAUCAAAUACUAAUUCUUUAUUAUUGUACAAGCUGCAUUCAAAAUAUUCAAAUAUUCUUGUGUGGUGAAAAAAGACAGUCUUUUCUAAAAAAAAAAUACUUUGAACAUAAAUCCUUUGAACAUACAUUCUUUUGCAAAAUACUGUGUUCAUUCCAUUAAUAAAAUCAGUACAAUUAUUUAAUCAAUGUAAAUAAAACAUGUGUAAAUAUAUUAGAGAUAAUAAAGAUGUCUGCGUCUAAA